GCUCAGCCGCAUGCAAAGCGCAAAGCGUCUGGCCCCAGGGGGAGGUGGGGCGAACCUACACCAGCAGCUGCUGGGCUAUAAAUAGCAGCCUCCAGCGGCUGCUCACUCACCUCCUUUCUCCAUCACAGACACACCCGAGCCCCUCGGACACCUGGACCAUGGACCCUGGGGAGUGCUCCUGCUUGUCUGGAGGAAUAUGCAUCUGUGGAGACAACUGCAAAUGCACAACCUGCAACUGUAAAACAUGUCGAAAAAGCUGCUGCUCCUGCUGCCCCCCGGGCUGUGCCAAGUGUGCCCAGGGCUGCAUCUGCAAAGGAGGCUCCAGCAAGUGCAGCUGCUGCCCCUGAAGGGCACCCGGUGUGCUGGGGUGCGGCCUGGGAAUCAUCUGUACAGUGCAUUAGUGGAGAAGUUGAGAUGAGUGUGCUUUUUAUAUAUUUGCCCAACGAGGUGUUGGUGACAUUCAUGUAAAGUGUUGGAGCAAUAAAGUUUCCAUUCAUGGUUGUCUGGUGGUCA